AUGAACCAGGAGGUUGUGAAAGUUAUCUUGGAGUGCAAGAAAGAUAUAUGGAAAAAUCAAGAAUUGUUUGAGCUUGUAGAGGAGUACUUUGAAAACAGCUUGCAGACUUUAGAUUUCUGUACUGCAUUGGAGAAGUGUUUGAAGCGAGCUCGUGAUAGCCAAUUGCUCAUUCUUGUUGCUCUUCAACAGUUUGAGGAGGAAACCGAAAUGGGAGGCAGUCGAUACACGAGGACUUUGGGCGAAUUGAAGAAUUUCAAGGCUAUAGGUGAUCCUUUUACUGAAGAGUUCUUCCAAAUUUUUCAAUCUGUUUACAGGCAACAAAUACAAAUGCUUGAGAAGUUGCAACUAAGAAAGACCAAGCUCGAUAAGAAGCUCAAAUACAUCCACGCCUGGAGGAAGGUUUCGAGUAUCAUAUUUGUUGCUACAUUUGCUGCUGUGUUGAUUUGUUCUGUUGUGGCAGCAGCCAUGGCUGCUCCACCUGUUGCAGCAGCUCUGGCUGCUGCUAGUUCUAUCCCUGUAGGCUCAAUGGGGAAGUGGAUUGACUCUUUGUGGAAAAACUAUGAAAAUGCUUUGAGGGGUCAAAAGGAACUUUGCCAUUGA